AUGUGCGCUGCCCACGGGAGCCUGGUGCACUGCCCUGCAUUACCCCUGACCAGGCCAGGUACGACAGAGGGCCUGCCAGCUGAGCAGAUUAAGGACCAAGGCAUCGCUGAGAUGUUUGAGGAGGAGGGCGACAGGCAGGUGAAGAUGCGUGAGCUCCAAUCUCUCACGAGCCUGCUGGGCAGCAGCCCCAGGAGCGCUCUGGUCUCUAUGGCCAGGGACACAGACCAAGACAACAAAAGGUUCUUCAACUGUGGCGGCUUCCUGGCCCUGCUGGGCAUUUACCGCAAGAAAGCCAAGAGCCAGGAGGGCAGCUGAGGGCAGCUGGGGGCAGCUUUCCAGAUCUUUGACAAAGAAAGCAAGGGCGACAUGGACAGGAACACCCUGAAGUAG